AUGACCAGCUAUGGCCAGUCUGGCGCGAGGGUGCCAGGCUCGAGGCGGGAUAAGGUGCGAGGGUACCUGAAGGCGGCAAACGAGUUGAGACAGAUAUACCAAGACCAGAUAUCACAAAAACUACAAGGGAGUGAGACUGAUGGGAGCAUGCCCGGCGAUUUCCCAGAUGUGGACAUCGUUAGAAGCGGCAGUGAGGAGAUGCUCUUGUUCCCAAGUUACGCCACGACGCACCGGAAAAGAAAUACGAACUCGACAGAGGGAGGCAGAUACCUACCUGGAACAAACGAGUCAAUAGAAUCGCCACAGAGCAGUGGAGAUGCAGAUUAUUGGAAGAGGGAAUGGGAAAAGUACGAGGAUGCAAAUGCUGUCGUCGACGUCGACGUCCGGGGAUGGAUCUACUCUCCACCAUCCGGUCCGUUGAAUAGAAAGAAUCGUCUCCUCUUGGCUGUGGCUCGACGCUUGAGUGGCGUUUAUGCUCCACUACCCGACCAAACACCUUCUCGCUCUUCAAGUCAAGCGCCCCCCGGUCAAGGAUGGCGUGAGGACAGUCCUUCUCGAUACGAAGAUGAAAUUGCUGCCAGAGAGGCCGAGAAUAUUGCUCGCCAUGGCGAGCUCGAGGCUGAUGCGGCGCAACGGGGCAGUUACAGCCAAGAAAGCGGAAACGGGAGCCACGGUCGAGGCGGCGGAAAUGGAUCUUUGACCCAACAUAACCGCCCCUCAACCAAUGAUUCUACAUAUCACGAUCCCGGGCAAGAUUCACUGAAAAGGCGCGAAUCCUGGAACGAACCUGCAAAUAUGAACCGCGAAGAACUGGCGGCUGCGAACAAAUUGCUGCUCACGAGACUCAAACCGUUUAUGACCACGCCCGUCGCGCACACUCCCAUUACGGUGUUUUUCUUCAACGACCAGAAGUCGACGUCAAAGUCUGUGACGACAGAUGAAUCUGGACAUUUUAACCUGCGUGCAGCUCUGGAUUUCAUCCCUGCUCAGGUCAGGGUCCUUGCUUCGGACAAAUUGUCUGCUACUGAAGAUGUGGUUGUCACGGAAAGUAAAGGUAUCAGUCUCAUCAGCGACAUAGAUGACACGAUCAAGCAUUCAGCUAUUGCUAGUGGUGCAAGAGAGAUCUUCAAGAAUACGUUCAUCCGCGAACUGGGCGACCUGACCAUCAAAGGAGUCAAGGAAUGGUAUGCUAAACUGGCGAGCAUGGGGGUCAACCUUCACUAUGUGUCAAAUUCUCCCUGGCAGUUGUAUCCUCUGCUGCGAAGCUACUUUGCCUUGGCGGGCCUUCCAGCUGGCUCAAUCCAUCUGAAGCAGUAUUCUGGAAUGCUGCAGGGCAUAUUCGAACCGGCUGCAGAGAGAAAGAGGGGCACAAUCAAUCGGCUUAUGAAUGAUUUUCCCGAUCGGAAGUUCAUCCUGGUGGGUGAUAGCGGGGAAGCCGAUCUGGAGGUUUACACCGAUGUGGUCCUGGAAUAUCCAAGGCGAAUUUUGGGCGUCUUCAUUCGCGAUGUGACUACGCCUCCCAAGAGAGGCUUUUUCGAUCAAGCCGUUUCCAAUACCACCCCAGACUCUAUGAUUUCAUCUGAAAAUGGUAGCCGUCUACCUCGGUCAAACCAGCAGCAUCCAGCCAGCGAAGACAGACCUGCCUUACCAACAAGGCCUAAGCCGGAACAUAAAUCUCAUUCCAUGCCACCACGGGAAGAGGACCUCAUCGACUUCGGUGAUGAACCCGAGUCUGAGAGUAGCAAAACCACACGGUCACAUUCGGACGAUCUAAAGCUAUUGAACGAUAAGCCCGCUGCCCCAGCUAAACCCAACAAACCAUCCAGCCUGCGCAACUUUUCGACCGCGUCAAUGCAAUCCACAAAUCAUGACAGAUUAUCGGCUUCGGAUACUGAGGUUCACGAGCCAGGCAAGAAAAAGCCACCACCGCCACCCAAGCCUCGACGGGGAGGAGGAAGUACUAGAUCGGAAAGCUCAAGUCUUGCACCUCUGCAACGAGCACCGUUCUCAUCUACUCGUCAAAACCAAAGUGCGACUAAUGUUACAGUUUCGGCCAAGGGGCCAGCUCCCACGCCACCUAUGACUCGUACAAAUACCUCUGCGAGCACGGUGUCCAGCCAGUCGUCAACUUAUGACGAAGGAUACCUAGCAUCCGCUCGCAGACAAAUUUCAUCUGCGUAUAAUGCUCUCCCACCUCUUCGCUCAACGUCCCCUUCUUGGGCAGCAGACCAGACGGGAAUCAGUGGUGACCACCGACAAAAUCCCCCGUUGCCUCCUCGAAGAGGCUUAUCCAGUUAUCCUGCUGCUGCAGCUCGAUGGGCCACCGGCGCAACCGGUGGUGAUCCUGCUGCCGGAGGUGAUGGAGGAAUGCCAGGUGGUACUUAUGAUAAGAAGCUUGAGAUUUGGAAGCGGAGAUGGGCUAGAGCUGAAGAGAUUAUGCAUCAACGAGGGGUUUUUCUACGGACCUGGCGGGUGGGAGGCGAUGUCAUGGACGAUUGCGUGCGGCUGGUGAAGAAGGAAUUGGAGAAAAGCGAGAGUUUGAGAUGA